AUCAUUACACACUGCCCAAGAGAUUGUAGUCAUGGUUCAAGGCUCGCGCGUUGCCGUUGUUGGAUCCGGUUCUGUCGGUGCAUCAAUAGCUUUCGCCCUACUUAUUCAAAAGAUAUGCUCUGAAAUUAUUAUGGUCGAUAUCGUACAAGAAGUUGUCAAAGGACAAGUACUUGAUCUUUCAGAUGCAAAUUUCAUAUCUUCCACUCAAGUUCGCGCCGGAACAUUUGAGGAGGCUGGGAAAUGUGACAUUAUUAUUAUUACUGCCGGUGCCAAACAAAGACCUAACGAGACAAGAGUAGAGUUAAUCGAAAGAAACUACAAAAUCUUGGAUAAUGUGAUCAACUCCAUGAAGCCUCUUAAUCCAAAUGUUAUAUUAUUAUUGGUUGCUAAUCCAGUUGACAUUUUGACACAUAUUGCACAAAAACUCUCAGGCUUGCCAAAAAAUCAAGUUUUUGGAUCGGGCACUUUCUUAGAUUCAGCAAGACUGCGACUCAAAUUAGCCAAAGAAAUCGGGGUUGCCGAGAAUGCAGUUCACAGUUAUGUAUUAGGUGAACAUGGAGAUUCGCAAAUUAUUGCAUGGAGCUCAGCUCAUGUCGGUGGUAAGCCUCUGUUGGAGUUCCCUGAAAUUGCGAGUCUGGAUAAAGAUCUAGUAUCUAAAGAGAUUGCAGGAAAAGCCUAUGAAAUUAUUAAACUCAAAGGUGCGACAUAUUAUGGGAUUGCUGGAUGCGUUUCAAUGUUGGUUCAAUGCAUUCUACUUAACCAACAUCACGUCCGCCCUCUAAGUAUCUAUGUUGAAGAAUAUGAAUGCGUGUUCAGCAUGCCCGUUGUUUUAGGAAAUAAUGGUAUUGAAAGGGUGAUUGAUGUUCCAUUGACUCCUGAAGAAAAAGAAAAGUUACGCCAAUCUGCAGUAGCUUUAAAGGCAAUCUGUGAUAAAUACGUUUAG